CUAUAAAUAGUUACUGAAUUCAUACUUGACUACAAUUAAACUUUUAGAAGACCAAGGAUGAAAUUCAAGCCUUUUAUCUUCAUGUUCUUUCUAUGUGCAAUAUUUCUCAUUUCUGUUAUGGCAAUAAGGCCAUUCAAAUCUGAAGAAUCCAAAACAAACGUUUGGAUAGAUAGGAACAAAGGCUUGGGAAGAGCGCAUAGUGAUGAUAUAGAUUGGGUUGGUUCAGGAACAUGGGGAGGUUGGGGAGGACCCAAAGAAGAAGGUGGAGAAAGAGAAAACAACGGUUCUGGUUGGGAAGGAGCAGAAAAUGAAGGACCUGGAUGGGGAGGAGGAGAAGAAAACGAAGGAUCCAGUUGGGGAGGAGGAAAUGAAGGACCUGAAGAAGAUGGCGGAGGCUUUGAAAAUGGAGACCGUUAAGAGUAUCCAUGAAAACUAGACAUAUGUAUGCAUUUGUGUUCUACUCUCUUUGUUCUUUAUUGUAAGAAAAAGUUUAAUUUUGAAUACAUUGAUGUUGAAUGUUUUUAAAAACAAACUUUUUCAUAUAAUAAGAAACAGAGAAUUUAUAUUCUAAGAAGUAUGAUAAAAUCAUGGACUAUAUAUUACUUCAGAACGUAGUAUUAUCACAUUUAAAUGGAUAAAAAACAUCAUUGUUUAUGUUAUAUAACUCUAGCAUU